AUGGCGUCUACGGAGCUGCAAUCAUGGAAGAGCCACUUCCCGGCCGGGGAUCUCUGGGUAUUUGGUUACGGGAGCCUGAUAUGGAAACCUCCGCCACAUUACGACCAGCGGGUUGCCGGGUAUAUCGAGGGUUACGUUCGUCGAUUCUGGCAGGCAAGUACGGAUCAUCGUGGAUCCCCAGAAGCACCGGGUCGUGUGGUCACAGUUAUCGAGCGUUCGUUUUGGGAGUCCCUUUCUGAUCCGCAACAAGAUCUUGAACGGACUACCGACGGGUCCCUAGUCUGGGGCGCAGCAUACCACAUCCCUGCCUCACACGCAGAGGAAGUGAGUGCAUACCUGGACGACCGAGAGAUAGAUGGCUACAGCGUGCACUACACUCCCUUUUAUCCAUGCUCAAGUUUCAAGAAUGAUGAAGCCCAGCCUGCUGCUGGCUCGCAGCCGAGAAAAUGCCUGGUCUAUAUUGGGCUCCCGAGCAACACCCAGUUUGUGCGUGAACCAACAUUGCGUGAGCCGGAUGCCAUUGCGGAAGUGAUUUAUGCAAGCCGGGGCCUGAGUGGAGAGAACAAGGAUUAUCUCUAUUCGCUUGAGACCGCGCUCGAGGGCCUUGGACUGGGUUCUUCUGAUGUUCACGUCACGGACUUGGUGCGGCGCGUGAAGGCCCUGGAACGAAGAGGCUGA